UUACUUUUUAUGUGAAACCAUUUGUGCUGUACACUUACAUACCAAAAGAAGUUUGUGCAUCUUAGGGAAGUAGUUGGUAACUUUACAUCAAGUGUACAACAAAAGAGAAAGUACAGAUUGCCUUGAAAACUUAAACAGCUAGAAGACAAGCUCCAUACAGUGUGAUAAAGAACAACCAAGUCUUCACCAAAUUGUGAAGUUCAUGGCACUGAGUACUCCAGAGUUCCAAUUCAAGACUGAGAUGAAUAUUUCCAAGAGUGGCUGAGUGUUUGAAUAAGCAGGAUUCAAAUCAAGAGAAGAAAAAAAAAUCUAUACAGUUGCAAAAGCUUGUUCAUUCAGAGAUAAGGCAUGUCUGGGAAGGAUGGUCAAGGUGGACAAAGUCAGAAUGGUCAUCUGUCAGAGAAAAGUCAAAACCAGAGCUCCGGGGGGACAAGCAGCGGAGCACCGAAGAACUGGUAUCUCUCAGAAAUACUACAAAUGAUGUAUGGAUUUGGAGAUGUUCCAAAGCCUCAGCAUGAUUCAGCAGUUUUGAUUGAGGACAUUGUCAAACAGCAGCUAACAUCUGUACUUCUUCAAGCAGCAGAUGUGGCCUCAUCAAGAAAUGGGCGUUUUAUUGGACUUGAAGACAUUCUUUUUCUUCUUCGGAAAGAUAAAGUGAAGUUGAGACGUCUUUUGCGGUAUAUGGGUGUGAAGGAUCAGCGCUCUAUGGCAAUGAAGGGUGUUGAGGAGGGAGAGGAGGAUCAAGGGGGAGAAAAAGUCGCCCAACCGGUGAAAACACGACUCAAAAUGUGCUACAACUACCUAAGUUCCAUUGAUGCCACAGGAGAACUAUUGGCUCUGUUUGAAGAUGGAGGUACAGAUGAAGUGAAGAGAGAGAGAUUACUAAGAGCAGAACUACAAACAAGAUACAUGGAUCAGAAGCAAUAUAUGGAAUAUGUUGAAGCCAGACAAGCCAGCUUUGCUAGACGAAGCAAGGCCCAGCGCUUUAAGGACUGGUUACUGACUGGCAUCACUAUGGAUCUCAAACCCAAUCAACAUGCCAUGGAAAUCAUCAACUACUUUGCCUAUGAAACAGUUGCUCAGAUAGUAGACAUGGCUUUGCUAGUGAAGCAGGACAAGAAAUCUGUUUAUGGAAACCCAGUGCCAAGAAAUGGACCCAAUGUCUGCAUUAAUUACUACAAUCAAAUCUCCCUGGGGUCAGGUAUCUCUGCCCCACCCUCCACCACUCAGGGAUCAACUUCUCCUGUCCAGAGUCCUCCUGCCACUCCAACAACUCCUGGAUCCACCCUCAGUUUGAGUUCCAGCUCUUCUUCUCUCAGUGCCUCACUCCCCAAACCAAAGAGUAAAAAACGCAAAAAGAGUGGUAUAGGAAGUGCAUUAGAGAUCUCCACAGCGAUACAGCCCGAGGACAUCCAUGAAGCCAUGAGGAGAUACUGUCAAUGUAUAGGACCAUUCUCCUCACACAUUAAAACAAAUCCCAUGGUUCCCCCCCACACAAGACUAUUGUGUUUAUGAUGCUUCAUUGUACACAUCGUCCAUUAAACGGAAUCUAUUUCCUGCUGUGAGAAAGUGAAGGGCUUCACAAAAGAGGUGUUCAGAUAACAGACUUCAUUACUUUCUACCGUUUUAUUUUCCUUUAUGAGAGGGAAAUUCAGUAAUGUUAAAGAUAUGCUACUUCAGGUCAGUGUAUAUACAUGAAUAUACCGUAAAAGUUGAAUUUUUAGCAAGACACAAAUUUAGUGAUUUGUCCUUAAAAAAUCAGUAAUUAAUUUUAGCAAGAAGUAAUUUUAGCGAUUUAAGUUCAACACAUUCAAUUUAUACCGGUGAGGUUUGAAAAAAAAAAUCAAUUUAUGGGUUUAAAACUAUAGGACCCAAGCAUUUGUAAUAAAUCAGUCACAAAUGUAAAUAUAAGUAAUAAGGUAUCAUUUUUAAACUUUUAUCAGGAUGUAAAUACGGGUUGGCACGUGAUCACAUCACCAACCCGUAUUUCCUUCCCAAUAAAAGUUUAAAUAUGAUUCUUUAUUUCUUAAAUAACAGUAACCUCUAAUGUGGAAUAAAUUGUUAAAUCGAUAU